UCGAAAGUGAAGGUAGAGUCAUACAUUCUGAUUGCCACUGUUUAAUCGCAAGAAAAUUUCUGUUGAACAUGAUAAGGAUUUUUUGUCAUAUACCAAGAGACAUCUGUAUGUGAACACAACCGUGCAAAUAACCACAACGCCCACUUCGUCAACAGUCGUUUCAACAAGAAAAGGAAGGGAUACAGUUAAACAAGUUAAUUCCGUAGCUACUGCCGAUAUUAUGAAUGCAAAUGUUGGUCAAAUGCGCAAUAUAAACAUUGAUGUAAAUUAUGUCCAAAAUCUCACUGGCGCUUUCAGUAAUAACGAAAUAUCAUUUAACCAUCAACGAAAUCAACGUCAAAAAUAUUUAAACAAAACAGAAGUGCCACAUUUACAAACCGUUGGCGGUGUAGGUUCAAGUGCGGGUAAUAGAAUUUGCUAUAAUAAGCGUAUUGAAAUAAUGGAAGAGCAUGCUAAACCGCGGCGCUGGGAACAAAAGCAGGUACAAAUAAAAACCAUGGAGGGGGAAUUCAGUGUGACCAUGUGGGCUUCCGGUAAUUCCGACGACGAAGCUUCUAACCCAGAGAACGACACAGACUUCCAAGAUUUUUUAUCUUGUGAGGAACGGGAAGUCGAUAACGAAUGUAAUAUUACUGAUUCUGUGCAGGGAUUUGUGCCCACCAUCGAAGGUAAUACUUUCCAGCACCAACAAGAGCAAUUGAUGCAGCGGCAACUGAUUUUGCAACAACAAGAACUGCAGCCUCAACAAGUUCUUGCACAAAAUACUGUACAUGGUGUCGACUCUUUAACAACUACAGACACUGCAUGUGCUGCAAUCACACCCACAAUAAUAGGUUUAAAUGUGUCUAAUCAACAACAAUUAUCUGACCUAGCGAAUACUAGAAGUAUAGAUAAACUAAAAUCAAAGAAGACUGCAUCAAAUAAUAGAGCCGAUACGAUUAUAUCAUCGGAUGAAGACAACGGCAAACAUGUAGUUUUGCCAAUUUCACGCACUACUGUAUUGACUGCACCACUCAUUCAUCCUGCCAAUACUGCUGUGAUCACUAUGACCAGUAUAGAUGAUGGUAGUUUAUCAGCCUCAGCCAUGCCAGUGGGCGUUGUUUUACAACCAAAUCCACAUACUAUUUCUUCCUCACCCCCACCAUUGAGCUAUAGUAACAAAAUAAAUACUCCGGCAACGGAAACGAAUUGCAAUGGUCCUGGCGAAAAACGAAUUGCAUGCCCUCAAAAAGGAUGUUACAAAUUUUUUCGUGAUAACUCUGCUAUGCGUAAGCACCUGCAUACCCACGGACCCCGAGUCCAUGUUUGCGCUGAAUGCGGUAAAGCAUUCGUUGAGAGUUCAAAAUUAAAGCGCCAUCAGUUGGUACACACUGGUGAGAAACCAUUUCAAUGCACGUUUGAAGGUUGUGGAAAACGAUUCUCGUUGGAUUUUAAUUUAAGAACUCAUGUACGAAUUCACACAGGUGAUCGGCCAUAUGUUUGUCCUUUUGACGGUUGUAAUAAAAAAUUUGCGCAAUCUACCAAUCUAAAAUCGCAUAUUUUGACGCACGCGAAAACUAAGCGAAAUUCCCUCGGGGGGAGCCGCAGUAAUAUCAAUAAUGAUUCCAAUAGUCCGGUGCAGAUAGCUACACAAAACCUUAUAAAGGUAGAGAUGAAUGGGAUGGAUUCCAACUCUUCCUAUGUUGUGUAUACGGAUUAAAAUAUAAUUUUAUCAGCAUGAAGUAGUAUCAAGUACAGACGGUCACCGAAGAGGAACUUCGUUUUGCGAAAUCUGCCCACUUUAUUUUAAAUCCUUAUAUUUUCAGUGUUUCUUUUGGACGAAUCGGCAUAAAUUAAAAGGCAAUAUCGUCAUAUAAUUUUAUAUUUGAACAUAAGUAUUUAUAUGAAUUAUUUGGAUAAGGUACUACUACCACUUACUAACUUACUUACGUUGAAGUUUCAGUUAAUAUAUAACAAUUUUAAUAAUGGUUUGGUUUUGAAUUGCUCCCACGUAACUUAUUUAAAUCAAUCGUAAUUUUAUUCAAGUGCUUUCCAUAAUAAUACAAUUAGAGCAUUUAGUUUUUUAAUGAUUUUAUAUUUUAACGUAUACUUGAUGAGCUACUUUAUCUGUACUGCUUAUCGUUGGAAUUUGCGUUUAUAUAGCUUAAAUUUCAGUUUUAUAGUUUAUAUACAGUUUGAAUAAAUUCAUUCAUCAUAGACAUGUCGUAGAUUCUGAGUUCCUCCCAUGUAACUCAUUUCAACCAAACUGAUGUCCAGGUAUGCGGUCUAGUCCGUUUGUAAAAAUGGUUAGUUUUAAUACAACAUUGUGAAUAAACUUACUGAAAAGUAAUUGAAGACCAAAAAAGUUGCUGAGCUUGAAAAGAACUUGUAAUGCAAAGGUAAAUUAUAAAAUAAAGAAAACCGUUUUUCUUGCA